AUGCUGGACACGAUUGGAAAGCCCGUCUUCGGCAUUCCGGAUCGAACGAUUGAAGGGCUCAUGCGGCGGCUGGCCUAUGAGAAGGGAGAUAAUAUCGCCGUCAUCUUCGACAGCUGCCAUUCAGGUGGCAUGGAUCGCACGUUCGAUGGCGGCGAAGUGCGGAACCUCUCGACACGCGGCUGGCUUUUCCGCCCUCGCAUCCCGGAUGACCUCGACCAGGACAUCUGGUCGUGGCAGCCCCCGGAUGACGCUCGCGGUGCGGCGAUGAUCCUUCUCGCACCGCUCGAUCCCGCAGCCUCGACACCAGAAGCGAGUUCGCACGUUCUCCUUGCGGCGUUCCUCCCGGACGAGACGGCGAAGGAGAUCAUCAUCGACAACCAAUCGCGCGGGGUAUUCACAUACCUCCUGCUCGCGUGCGUGCGCAUGCACCGCACCAACGACCUCACAUACGCUCGUCUUGUGGAGGCACUGCGGAAGCCGGACAACGUGCAGUUCCCUGGCCCGCCUAGUGCGCUCGCGCUGACGUGUCUCGAGCACGACGCAAAGUCAUUCCCAGUUCGGUACGCCGCAGGGCUGCUCUUCGUCGAGGCGGGCUACAGGGACGGCAUCAGCAAGGACACGCAGUUUGUUGUGGACAUCCCGCAGGGGUCGCAGUCUCGCUUUACGCCGCAACGUGUCGUGCUCAUCGCAGAGCUUGUCAAGCUUAAAGCCGUAUAA